AUGGAGGAUGUUCUCAACGCCGUCUCGGCCGACGGCUCGUCGAUCAUGCCCCGCCUUGCGCCAAACCUGAGCCGACAUUUGCUCUUCCCUCUGAUCCAGUUCGAGAGCGAGAGGGCUGAGGAGCAGGGUCUCGAUGCCAAGGCUAAGGAGCUUCUUUCCGGAAAGAUCAAGCUCUUGGAGGACACAAACAUGACCGAUUAUGUCGCGACUCUCUACUGCGAGCUCCACGGUGUCGAGAAUGCUCCCGAGGAGUACAACAAGAAGAGACAGGAGGUUCUUUCACAGUUGGAGAACUACGAGCAAGCCACCGCCAAGAUCGCAGACCUUUUGACCCAGGAUGAAGUCGUCAAUGGCCUCCGAAGCGACAAGGUUGCUAACUUGGAGUUCCUCAAGAACCAGCACGGAGUUACCAUGGAAAUGGUUAACGCUCUCUACGACUUUGGCCAGUUCCAGUUCCGAUGCGGUCAGUACGGUCCCGCCGCCGAUAUGCUCUACCAGUUCCGAGUUCUCUCCACCGAUAACGACAAGGUCUCUGCUGCCACCUGGGGUAAGCUGGCCUCCGAGAUCCUCCAGACUAACUGGGAGUCCGCUGUCGACGAGCUCAAGAACGUGAGAGAAAACAUCGACUCAAAGCUCUUCAACAACCCCCGUGCUCAGCUCGACCACCGAACAAUGCUUCUCCACUGGUCCCUCUUCCCUCUCUUCAACUGGGAGGGUGCCCGGGAACCCAUCCUGGAAAUGUUCUUCUCCGCUCCUUAUAUCAACACCAUCCAGACCUCUUGCCCCUGGAUCCUGCGAUACCUGAUCGCUGCUGUUAUCACCGGCCGUGGUCGCGCUCGCAACAGCUCAAUCCAACAAAAGCAGAUCAAGGACAUUAUUCGCUACGUCCGCCAAGAGGCCUACGAGUACACCGACCCCAUCACCCAGUUCGUCAACGCUCUCUACAUCGCCCACGACUUCGAGGCUGCCCGUGAGGCUCUUUCCAUGGCCGCCGAGGUUUGCCGAAGCGACUUCUUCCUUGCCUCUUCUGCCGAUGCCUUUGUCGAUGCCGCCCGACACCUUAUCUGCGAGAGCUACUGCAAGAUCUUCAGCCGAAUGAACAUUCGCGACCUCAGCGCCAAGCUCGGCCUGAACCCCGACGACGGUGAGAAGUGGAUUGUUAACCUGAUCCGCGAGACUCGAUUAGAUGCCAAGAUCGAUAGCCAGGACGGCACUGUGAUCAUGAACCACCCUCCCAACAAUGUCUACCAGCAGGUCAUUGAGAAGACCAAGGGUGGCUUCUUCAGGACACAGGUACUCAACGCUGCUGUUUCAAAGUAA